GCAUCUUUUAGAAAGAUUAUUUCUACACUGAACAAUGGUCGAAUUUGAACCUUUGUAGUGCGGAACUCUAAAAAGUUGAAAAUAAAAUGUAGUUAAUAGUUUUGUGUUCUUUUUUAUCAUUCAAGUGAUAUUGUUUAACGACGCAUCACAUCUCAUGAAUAUUUUGUGAUGGAGCUCCGAAAAUACUGGCCGAUUGUGCUCACCGUUUUAACAAUAUGGCCCGCCGUAGCUGCGGACCUUAUUGACCGGCCCUGUGCAGUACGGCAAGUGAAGAGCGGGCAGGUGUGUGUGUGCACAGCAGAGUACUGCGACACCAUCACUAGAAAACCUCCAGAGAGUGGAACCUUCGUGUCCUAUGUAUCUUCUGAGGAGGGACUUCGAUUCCAUAAGACUGUAGGCUCGGUGACAAAAUAUACAAAAGGUAGUAUCUACAAGAAUGUUCUGGAAUUAGACGUGGGAACGCAAUACCAGACGGUGAAUGGUUUCGGAGGCGCCGUCACCGAUGCAGCCAGCAUCAACUGGAAGAACUUGACUGAUCAUCGACUGAUGGACCAUUUAAUAGAAUCCUAUUGUGGUGAUUCAGGAAUUCAAUACAACAUGCUGCGUGUCCCAAUUGGUGGCACAGACUUCUCUACACACGGGUACGCGUAUAACGAACUCCCUGAAAACGAUGUGACGUUGAGCAACUUUACAUUGGCUUAUGAAGAUUACGAGUACAAGAUUCCGAUGAUAAAAGCGUGUAUGAAGGCAGCUAGUGCGCCCAUUCACAUAGUGUCAGCGACUUGGUCUCCUCCGAUAUGGAUGAAGACCAACGACGCGUACUCCGGGCACAGCAAGCUGCGGAAAGAAUAUCGACAGACUUAUGCUGAUUACCAUUACAAGUUCUUGGAGCACUAUGCAGCCGAAGGUAUUCCAGUGUGGGGAAUGUCUAUUUCAAACGAGCCCCUACACUCUAGUGUCAACUACAUCCCCGCUAAAAUCAACAAUAUGGGGUGGACUCUAGAUGACAUGAGCGAAUACAUAAUGAAGAACUUGGGUCCCACUCUCCGAGGCAACCACUCUAACUUCAAACAUGUGAAGAUCAUCGCUGGUGAUGAUUUGCGUUUCACCAUUACUCUAUUCUGGAACACUUUUGUAGCCGUCUACCCAGAGACCUUGGAGUAUUUGGAUGGUGCAGCUGUGCACUACUACAUGAGCGCCUAUGUUCCAGCUGCGAUAUUGUCGCAAGCGAUGGAAGGAUACCCAGGGAAGUUUGUCCUGGCUACAGAAAUAUGUGCAGGUGCUCUUCCAAGUGACGCAGUCAAAGUUGACAUAGGAUCGUGGAGCAGAGCACAGCUGUACGUUAACGAUAUCAUGCAGAAUCUUGGAAAUGAUGUAAUAGGAUGGUUAGAUUGGAACAUGUGUCUGAAUACUGAAGGGAAGCCAAGCUAUAUAGACUCCAGUGUGGACUCCCCAAUACUGGUCAAUGCAGAGGACGGAGAGUUCUACAAGCAGCCGAUGUUCUACGCUAUCGGACACUUCUCCAAGUUUGUUCCACGAGGAUCUAGAAGGAUUAAAGUGAAUGUUGAUUGUGGUACGAAAAUUCAGAACAUUGCCUUCCUGACACCUCAUAACACCGUCGUUGUUGUUAUUCAUAAUGAAGGUCCAAAUGAAACCGUCAGAUUGCGGUUAGGAGAUGAAGAGGCACAGUUAUUGAUUAACGCCAACAGUAUUACUACAGUUGAGAUGUUGAAUAAGUAUGACAUAGAAAUGAAUGUAGAUGAUUAGGAUACUUAAUGAGGAUACCACGAAUAAGUUCAUAAAGGUUGAUCACACCGUGACGCGACGAGACGAUACUAAUAAACUAGAUAAAAGGCCAAUGAUGUCACGCUGCACCGCGAGAAGUUUUGCAACGUCGCGUCGUUGCGAGGCGCAGCGCUGCGUGGUGCAACGUGUUCUAAAACUUCACAAUGGAAUGUGUAUCUUUUCGUGUAGAAAAUAAAGUUGUUUUUUGAGUCACUCUGUUAAAGUGUACGCGUAACGUUACGUCUCGGUGUGAAUUGAUCUUAAGGUGUGUGACUACCGACCGGUUUUACAGGCAGUAUGUACAGUGGCCAGCAAGUCAAGCUAUUCUUUUCCGUCUUUCUUUACUACAUUUUCUACUUUUUAGUUUUGAUGUAAAGUCGAAAAUUCGAUGAAGAAGCUUUCAGAUUGCAGUAGGUUGACCUGCUGGCCACUGAGUUUAUUUACAGCGAGGGGAGUACAGCACUUGCAACUGGCUACAUGCCGUUCGAUGGGAGCAACGUGUUUCCCCGUACUGACUGCAAGAACGCUCGCUGUGUAACACGUUACAGUACGUAAAAUUCGUCAGUAAGAACCCAGCUUAAUAUUAAGAUCAGUAAUGGACUGUGUUGUUAAAAAUCCACCGUGAAUAAAUUCUAAGUAGAAAUA